AUGUCAGCAGGCGUGUCAGAUCAGCGGAUGAAAGGGCAAGGGAAUCAAGUAACAAAUGCACCUAAAGAGCACCAGUUAGAAAGGGGAGGUGAGGAGUUGGCUGAAGUAUCAUGGCGUCAUCAACAGCAACCAUCAUAUGCUCCACCCAUCUCUUCAGCAACAGACCCGUACAGCGCUGCAGGUUAUUACGGUACAACAGCACUUCCUUAUCAAGCCUUCGGAGUUGGGGAUGGAACAUGGUCUACGAAUGGCACAGACCCAAUGACUUUUCUAGGAGGAUACAAUCCUCACGAUUCAUAUGGAAUGGACGGUAGUGUUUUUGGGCCCUCAACAACGCCCUUCUCCACCGCCGCAUUUGGACAGCCGGCAUCAACAUUCAACUAUUUCCCAGGAAAUGGUGAUUACUCGACCUGGGGCCAACUAGGACGAGCAAAACAAUAUGACGAUUACUAUAGAGCUGAUGGCUUGUAUGUGCCUGAUGGAAUCAAAGCAGUUGAAUCAGGUGUACAGACACUUUCACUUGGAGAACAUAAACACGACAAAGAUCGUUCUGAACUCAAGGACGUAUCAAGUGGAUCGCAACCCAAAAAGAUGACGUGGGCAUCUAUAGCUAGCCAGCCGGCUAAGCCUACACCAUCUUUGCAGAGUGGUGGCCUGAAGAAGAAAGGACCUGGAAUGCCACCACCACCAAUAGUGCCCGGCAAACAUAACAUGGACAUUAGUACUUGGGACGCUGGAAAAAGUGCCCCCGUUGUAACAGCCCCUCCCCCUCCUCCUUUGCAGCCUCCUCCCGUGCCUGCUCCACUGCCAAUGCCCCAGCCGCAACAAUUACCGGCUCCCGCUCCGAUGCAGAGGGGUCCACCACCGCAACAUCAGCCACCGCCGGCUUGGACGCACGCUCCACGCGCUGCUCCACCGCCUCACAAUCAACCCCGCCCUUCUCUAUCUACGCCUCCCCCACAAACUUUACCCGUGCAACCAGCUGUACCACCCAAUCCGCACCCUGUGCUCGAUGAACUACGGGUCAAAAAUGACUACAAUCCUAAAGAUUUUGAUCUCACUGCUCCCCUCGCUCGUUUCUUCGUAAUCAAGUCUUACUCUGAAGACGAUAUUCAUCGUAGCAUCAAGUACGAGAUCUGGUGCAGCACAGAACACGGUAACAAGCGGCUCGAUUCCGCCUUCCGCGACCGGGAAAGGGAAGGCGGCUGUGUUUAUCUCCUUUUCUCUGUUAAUGGUAGUGGACAUUUUUGUGGAAUGGCUCGAAUGUCGAGCGCAGUCGACUACAAUUCUAAUUCUAGUGUGUGGUCUCAAGACAAGUGGAAAGGACAAUUUCGUGUUAGGUGGAUAUAUGUCAAGGACGUUCCCAACGGACAACUGCGUCACAUCAAGUUGGAGAAUAACGAGAAUAAGCCCGUGACCAAUUCUCGUGACACCCAAGAGGUGCCGCACGCUAAGGGACUGCAAGUUCUGCGUAUAAUGCACAGCUAUUGUCAUUCUACGUCUAUUUUCGAUGAUUUCAUCCAUUAUGAGCGCCGUCAGGAGGAGGAGGAUUCCAGGAAGGUGCCUCACCCCGCGCCGCAAGAGAACCGCGAAGAUCAAGAUAACGGGCGUGGGUAUCGCAACUAUCGCGAUUACCGCGAUGGGCGCGACCGGGACGUUCGUGACGGUCGCGACCAUAGAGAGGGGCGGGACGGUCGAGACAAUCGUGACGGUCGUGACCACCGCGAUCUCCGUGACCGCGACGGUCGCGAGCCAAGGGACAACCGCGAUAUGAGAGACGUCCGCGACCAUAGAGAUGAUAGAGAUGGCCGUGAUAAUAGAGACCAUGGGUAUCGUGAACGAGACUCAUACCGCCCCCAUCAUAAGGAUCGAGAUGGUUCCCGACGUGGCCGACCUCGCAACUAG